CGUUUCCCACAUGCAUUCAGCCGUUAUCCGAUCAUCCCAUACAUCCAUCCACCAAUCCAUCAACUCACCCAGCGGUUCGUUAUUUUCUUGUUCAUUCUUUAUUUGCGCUGGCAGAUUUUGGCAGUUCCAUUCCUGAACGUUGCCGCCAUGCCGGAAAUGGGCCCAUCGCGCGUCAAACUGUAUCACCACACCGGGUUCAUGGUGCGGGAACACGUCGAAGAUGUAGAGCGCUACAUGCCCGGCGGCUAUCACCCCGUUGACAUUAGCGACACGAUCACAAACCACCAGGAUGACUAUACCGUCCUUCACAAGCUUGGCUAUGGCGGGUUCUCCACUGUCUGGCUGGUCAAGCGACAGCGCAAGCAGCUUGACUCCGCCGGACAACCACAAAUCUCGUUCCACGCCCUUAAGAUUCUUCGCGCCGACCUCAGUGACGAGCGUGCCAAUCAUGAGUUGCAGUUCCUCCAACGGCUUGGCCAAGUGGGAAGGUCCAGUCAUCCAAACAUCGUCAUGCUCGAGGAUUCCUUCACCGUCUCCGGGCCUAACGGGCAGCACCGCUGCCUUGUAUUCCCUCUCCUCGCAUUCAGCCUUCAUUCGGACAAAUCAUGGACCUUGACUCCUUCGCAACGACACUCCACGUGCCAGCAGCUUGCAAGCGCCGUCGCCUUCCUGCACUCACACAAUGUCUGUCAUGGCGAUCUCACACCGUCAAAUAUAGCAUUCAAGGUUCCAGAUGUACAGUCCAUGACUGAAAACCGUCUUCUAGAGUUUCUAGGCCCUAUCAAAGAGGAGGCGCUUCGACUCCGCAAAGGCCCUAUAUCCCACUCUAAACACGCCCCGAAGAAGAUAGUUGCCUCUGCAUCGUUUUCCGGUCUCGAUUCUUCUUCGCUGGCGACCGUCCAAAUCAUCGACUUCGGCUGCGCCUUUCUAAGCGACAGCCCGCCGCCGACCUUGGGGUGUCCGGUUGAGUUCUUCCCUCCAGAACUCCUUUUCGGCUGUCCGGCUUCAACCAAAUCCGAUGUCUGGCAGCUUGCAGCUCUUGUGUACUAUACGUCCACCAGCCAGUACAUGUUUCAAGUCGGUUUCCAGAUUCUCACGCACCUGGUUGCCUUUAUCGUCCGGCACCAUGGCCCUGUUCCCGCUCAUUGGAAGGGCAAGUUCGAGUGGAGCAAAUAUGGCCUGGCACAACCCGGACAACCCGUGGAUCCGUCGCCCGAACCAGACUGGUGGUGGUCCGAGGACAGACGACCGACACCAUCGUUGGAGGACCGGUUCGCCAAACGGGCCUCGUACCUCUCCGCGGCCCAGCGGGAUGAGCUCGCGCGUCUGCUCCGUGACAUGGUUGCUUGGGAGCCUAGUCGCCGCAUCUCGGCUGGGGAAGCGGACCGGCGUCUCAAGGCUCCGGUAUUUUCCUCGCUUGGGUGAAGAACUAUCAUGGAAUAAGUAGGUAGCUUGGUGAAUGUCGGGACGAUAGGCGUCAUCUGGGUGGCGAGCCAGACUACACAUCCAUCGAGCAGAAAGUUGUCCGACAUCGGUUGACACUUGGAUAGCUCUCUAUCUACAUUGUACCCACAACACCUGAGUACAUAGUUGUCUAAGUUGAGUUGAUCCGGCGAAACUUGGUCUAGUACUUGCUCUUCGUGUCGAGGCCGACCCUGCUGUUGCCC